AUGUUCAAACCCCUGGCAACAGCUUACUCAACUCAGUUAUCUAGAUACCUACAGGACAGCCAGGGGUUGCUCAAUUUGACCAAAGGAGACUUCUUCCCGCUCUUCUGGAGGUCCUGGACCUCUGUAUUCAGGCCUCAACUCAUCAAAAGGUCUUUUGAAGCCACCGGUAUACAGCCAGCCAACCCAGACGCUGUACUCAAGAAGUUUGCCAAGGAGGCUUCAGAUUCUGAAAGCAGCCAGUCAGUCCUCUCCGGAGACGAUUGGCUCAAGCUCAAAUCAAUCGUACGCCGUGAGGUAAAGGAUCAGAGCAGUAAGGACGUCAAGAAGCUUCAACGAAGCUUGUGCCACAUCUCAGCUCAAAACAGUAUACUUCAUGAGGAGAUCAGGGGCCUCAGGCAGUCCCUAGCCAUCAAGGAGAGGCGACCAAAGCAGUCCUUCACCCUCCAGCUUAAUGAGGACGAGGUUUACCAUGGGGGAGCCAAAAUAUGGUCGCCCAGGAGUGAGACCAGAAAGCGGAAGGCCGCAGAGAAGGCUGAAAAAGAGCAUCGUAGAAGCCUCCGCGACGCUGCCAAAGCUAUACAAUUGCCCCAAUCGGGUAAGCGCAAAGCUUCAAAACCUCAUAAGCCAGCUACAAAGCGUCAAAAGCGUGGUGGUGUUGCUCCAGCUGUGGUGGGAGCCGCAAGGGGUGCACCAGCUGUUCUACCGCGUAGUCGCCGUGAUCGCGUGAUAACGCCCUCCAAAAAAAAUUCUGAAUAA